ACCUUAUCGGCUUCAACACAAAUAGCGGAGAUUUAUGCGAAUCGCGCGACGGCUCGCGCGCAACGCACUUCCCAAACGUCCCAACUCGUCCAUAAACAAUUUCAGGACAACAAUUACUGGAACAUGGCGUGUGCGGAAAACGUACCGACCAGAUUCGUUCUGGGAAUCAUGAUCUUUUGGGGGGCGCUGACGGGGUUCGUUCUCAGAGGAAGUUUGAGCCUCAGCAUCGUCACCAUGGUCGGAAAGCGUCGGGUUACGCAAAAUUCAACAUCCAACUUCACGUCGUCAUCAACUGGCUGUCUGAACGUUCCUGAAUGGCAUAAUAUAUCAACUUCGUUUAUGAAUGGCUCGGAGCUUUCCAGUGAAGAUGUCCAGGACGAGGAAGGUGAAUUUGAUUGGAACGAACAACUGCAAGGAACGAUUCUCAGCUCUUUUUUCCUUGGCUAUUUAUUUUUCCAACUACCUGGAGGAAGACUUGCGGAACUGAUUGGUGGAAGAUUAGUUUACGGAUUCACGAUUUUGAUUCCGUCGCUUCUGGCAGCGCUCAUUCCCCUAUUGACGCGCGUUCAUUACGGAUUUCUCAUCGCCUUGCGAAUAGGCCAGGGCCUCUUUUUGGGAGCAAUGUUUCCAACGGCGUCAGUUCUUGUCACCAAAUGGGUACCAUUGCAAGAACGAGCCAGAUUUAUGUCGACCUUCACCAUGGGAGGAACGUUGGGACUGGCUGUGAUGAUGCCGGUUUGCGGGCUGAUCAUCGACUGGCUUGGUUGGCCGGCCCUUUACUACAUCACGGCAGGACACGGCGUGCUUUUUUCCAUUUGCUGGUUUCUCCUGGUCCACGAUUCGCCAGACAAACACCCCAGAAUCACGCAGUUUGAAAAGAGGCACAUCGAACUUGGAUUGGUCAAAGGACCUGUCAAAAAACUGCCGAUUCCAUGGGUUCGAGUUUUGACGUCAUUGCAAUUUUGGGGCCCGUUUCUGACUUCCUUUGGCAGCGACUGGGGUUUCUACACUUUCCUCACCCUGGGCCCAAAAUACAUGGCCAGCAUUUUGGGGGUUGACAUUAAACAGAAUGGCGUGUUAUCAGCGCUUCCCUUUCUUUUUCGGUACAUUUUCGGAAUAAUUUUUGGCCAGUUCUUUGACCUCUGCCUCCGAAGAAGAUGGAUGGCGUUGGUCCAUUUGAGAAAAGUGGCUGUUUGUGUUUCGCACCUCUUUCCCGCCGUGGCACUUCUGGCCUUUCCGCUUUCCGGGUGCAACAUGACGUUGGCCGUGGCCAUCAUUUGCAUUGCUAUGGGCUGCAAUGGAGCCCUGACUUCGGGACACGUACAGGCCUACAUGGACGUUGCACCAAAUUUUGCGGGGACACUUGGGGGUCUGAAGAACGGUUUGUGUUCUCUGGCAGGUCUUUUGUCCCCAAUUAUCAUUGGAUCCAUUCUCGAGCAUGACGCGAGUGUUGUUGGUUGGCGAAUUUCGUUUGCUUUGUCGGCGGUGAUAUUUGCCAGUUCUUCUGUCUUAUUUUUGAGCACAUACACCGGGAGAGUGCAAUCGUGGAACGAUUUGUCAGACCAACGCGACAAGGAGGCUUCCAGACCCAUGCGGCCCAUUGUCAAAUCAUAAUAAUUCCAAAACUGUUUCAAAUAACCGCAACUGUAGCGAUGGUGAUUUUCUCAGUUUUCGGGAGUGGAAAAGUGCAGUCAAUGAAGGGCCUACAGAGAAAAUUGUGCACUGUCUCAAAGGUUUCAAUAACGAGCAAGAAUUGAAAAAGCCUCUGAAAUCGCUAAACGGGCAAGAGAGAACUUUCAAAAUUUGCUUAAUAUUCAGUUUUUUAAUAAAUAUGAAAAAUAUUGUAAGAAACUUUUCUUCUAUUGUAAAAAAAACUCUAUUGUUUAAGAUACAUUUUCUUUUCUAGGUAAAUGAAACAAAUUUUUCGCUGAUAUGUAUUUCGCGUGACUGGCGAGUGCUGCGUGUUGCCUAUGUUUGUCUAAAAAAUGUAAAUUGGGAUUGAUGAUAAGUUAAAUUAUUUUUACUCUUGUGCAACAAAAAUCCAAUAAAAGAUUUGUGGCCACUGA